UCAAUGUCAAGCAAGACUCUGAUCUUCAAAUGUAUUUUACAGUCAGUAGCUCCUUAGCUGAAGAUGGAAGCCGAUUAGAGGAAUCUGAUCUGGAGAUAAUCAUGGAUUUGUUCAGACAAGUAAUGGCCAUACAUCGCAAGGACCAGAGUGUCUGUCAUCAGGCAUUACGACUCUUACAAGAUCUGGCUCCAAGGUUCAAAGAGUCCAACGGCGAAACAAGGAGAGUAGCUGCACACAUGAUAAGGGCCUUCUGGACAUUGAGGGAAAGUUAUGCGUCUCCUCUCAGGCGUAUAUUGACUACGUGUAUGCAGGCAUAUUUGAAGGUUGACCCAGAGGGUCUAUGGUCCAGUGUGGAACAAACAAAGAGCACUAAAAAUGAUCCUUCAUCCUUUUCUCUGAGACACGAGUUCCCAAGACUGCUCCUCGAUGACAGUCAUGCAGUGCGCAUGUGCAUCGCGCAUGCUCUUGGAAGUCUGUUUAUGACCACUUCAUCAACCAAUGAAAAGAUCCCUUUGCCAAAACCAAUGCAGUAUACAACUUUUGAACAAGUGGCCAAAGUACUCGCCCAGUUGCUUAUUUUGCCGGAAAGACCCAGUGAGGUAUUCCGGGAAGAUGAAAGUGUGAAUCGUUCAGUGUCUAUGUUAGCUGCUCUAAAACACAUUUGUAUUGCGAGCCCCAUCUGCGAGAAGAAAGCUGUUGCCUUGGUGUUCCAGGCGUUGAAAAAAAACCUCUUAGACCAAGAUUGUGUCAUUAAGGUCCUGGCUCAGUUAUCUAAGAAACUGGGCUUCCAUUCCAGUUCAUCGUACAUGAAGUUUCACCUGCCGUUUGUUAUUGAUAACUGGUUUAAUCAUGGCUUCAAGGUCACAGAAUUUCCACACCGAAUUCUUGGAUUCAAAUCUUCAGCCGAAUUUUUAAAAUGUCACUAUGAUGUUAUUUUGCCUCAAAUCAUCUCCCGGCCAAACCAACUCGAGGCAUCUAUGGGACAGUUCACAGGGGCCAUCAGCCCUGGUGGUGGUGAAUGUAAAGACUAUAUUUUACACAGCUUUUGCUCCAUUGUAUCGUGUUUACUGCCAUGGUUCGCGGUACAAAGCAGAAAAGAAGAUGGAAGUAGCCAAGAAAACAGUGAAACGCAAAAACAGCUUUUGAAAGAGAGAGAGACAAGGAGAACAGAAGCGAACAAAAGCUACGAGUAUCUCAAGCAGACCCUCACUCCACAGGUAGUGGACAAGACAAUGGCAUCAAGGUUUGACGAGGUUGUGUUGAAUCUGUUGCUACGAAUACACGAACCAUCAAACGAGGGAUCAGAUCUUGCUGCAUUUUCAAGAGAGGAAGACCCAGAGCCUAAUCUUCCAUAUUUCACGUCAGAAGCCAUUAAAGCAUCGUUGGAUUAUCUGACUAUGUGUUCUAAAGGAGACACUUUGGUUUCUGUUCUCUGUAAAAACAAGGAUAAUAUUCAAAAGAUUCUACUGGCCUUGAAUCAGCGUAUCUUUGAUACCCACCUGGUGUACGAAAAGAGGAGGCUGUUGAUGAUGUACCGGCUGUUCGUGUUACUGGUGUUGAGAGAGCUCAGUGGUGGACUGGGGAAUACCUGGGCUUUUUUUAUCAGGGACGUGAUAUAUUCACUCAGCCAGUUGGAAUUUAGAAUAACUAGAGAAAACCCCGUGACCCCUUUGUUGUGUUUUUAUCACAAGGAGUUGGAUAACCACCUCCAUGUCAUAGUCAGUAUGUUGGUACCCUAUGCCAAAAGACAAGACGGCAAAGCACAAGAGGCUCUAGGACUGCUCUCCUUCCUCAUCAUAGAGAGCAGCUCUUCUCUUGACGAAUCCAUCGCUCAGCUCGAUCCAUUCCCAGAUCUCCCUCAGUUCCAGGAAAUUAGCGACGCGCACAAAUCUCUUAUGGAAGGAAAAAGGACGUCACUGGCUCAGGAAAUAAGCCACUUUGUGUCGAUAAACACUCCACCACUGAGUCGACUGGAAGGACUAAAGCACUUGAAGAAGAGACUAGUUAACGAGAAGCACGAGCUGUAUCGGCUACUAGAGGAGAAUAAAGAUGUCGCAAGUUCUUUGGGAAAUCCCGUUCCCGAUCUUGUGCACGAACUCUUGCAUCUAUCAACCUCGUUAAGCUCAGUCGUUACCAGCACCGCUCAAGAUGUAAAGGCCGAGAUAGCAAACUGUCUUGCGGAGAUUGGUGCUGUAGAUUUAUCGACUGUGGCUCUGACUGGCCGUCAAAAGCAAGGAAGCCCAAAGUUCAAAGUCCUAAGUCAAAAAUCUUUUAGGACGCAUGUUGAGGUUGUCUCGGCGGCUUCAACGUGUCUCAAGCAGAUCCUCAGCACUAAAAGCGGAGUGAGUUUGAUGAAGAAAUACGAGGAGCUUAAGGCUGACCAGUUGUUAUGGUACCUAGAACCCUUCAGACCUUCACGCAAGAAAAGGUCCCUCGCAUCAACACCCAUCUCGAUACCCGAUGAGGACUUCAAAACCUCCAUUGGUAAUCAAAAUCUCUGGAUUCCUGGAACCACUAAUGAGAACRCAAGUCACACGUCAUGGAUCACGUGCCUGACACGUAGUUUAAUCGAGAGUGRAGCUGUGCAAGAUGAUGUGCUUUUACUUCUAUCACCAGUGUGUGAAGCCAAGGUGGAAUUCGCUGAACACAUAUUUCCUUACUUGAUUCACAACAUACUUGAAUCAGGAGAUGUUCACAGAGAAGUUCUCUCUGAGCACAUCCGGGGUUUCUUCGUUCACUGUAAUGGCGGGAACAUGAUGACAAGCCGUCCAAGCUCACCUAUAUCUGUUAUCGACCAGGGACCUGCACAUCAAGUCAACAAGCAGAGCAUCCGUUCCAUGUUGAGUGUCGUGAAUUAUUUACGCACUCAGCCACGGACCACACGGGGAAGAGGCACCGCUAGCAGCACACCGUGGGAAAAUAAUUUCUGGCUUGAUCUGGAUUAUCUCGAGGUAGCACAYGCUGCGCACAAGUGUUCUGCUCACUUCACCGCCUUGUUGUACACAGAAAUAUGGAGUGAUAUUCAAAAAUCGCAGUCAGAGACGCCACUCAGCAUUACCCUCCCCACCAACAGCCAAGACAUACAAAUGGAAGACCACAGCCACAGCACGGACAGUGGAGUGGGGACGAACUUCCAAUCUCUUCUCCUAGAUAUAUACAGCAAUAUCGGCGAGCCAGACAGUGUCUAUGGAGCUGGCGCAGGACGCCUGGCUGACAUCGAAUCAAGGAUAAGAACUUACAAGCAUGAGAAGGCCUGGGGCAAAGCACUGGGUGCGUAUGACUUGCAAGUACAAGAGAGUUCGUCAGCUCAUACUGGAAUGUUACAAGCUUUGAAAAACUUCGGCUUGUAUCACGUGAUGCAGCAGUACUUGAAAGGACUUGAAGGCGAAGCUGUCCACAGUAGCAACGAGAUAGCAGAACUUCAAUACGAGUCUGCCUGGAGAAACUGCGUGUGGGAUGUUGAAUUAGAGUCCAGYUCUGAGUGUUGUUCUAUUGCUGGCUUCCAUCGAUCCAUUCACACCGGGCUGUGUGCUCUACAGGACGGAGAGAUGUCUCUGCUUAACUCCACUUUGACAAAUGCCAAAUUAUGCCUUGUAUCAGAGGUCAGUCACGUGAGUCUAGAGAGUGUGCGCAGUCUCUAUCCGUUCCUGGUACGUUUACAGCAAUUGGCAGAGCUACAGGAAUUCAGCUUGAAUUUUAUGAGGACGUUUGAUAGUGAAACAGAMUUGUUGAGUGAAUKSAACGAGCGGUUUCCUCUUCCAGACACCGACUUUGAAUUCCUCGAACCAGUCCUCGCACUGCGCACGUCCAUGCUGCAAACACUCGCAAGUACGAAAAAGGCACAAAAAAUAGAUGRUGUUGCACCAGUCUAUAAAGGACUUGUGGGCCAUCUUGAGGUCCAGGCCAGAAUAGCAAGAGAAGCAAACGUUCCUCAGGUUGCCGAGAAAGCAUUAUUCACGAUUCGUCAAUUCAAUAAUGACGUCAUCGCAGUGCAGUCACGUGAGAGCGUAAACCUAGGAAUCACGUGGUCGUGGCGUGUAGAAGAGGCUAGGUUACGUUGGGCUCGAGACGAACGAGAGACUGCUACACACUUGUUGAAAAUAUUGACCAAGCAGCUUGAUAAAGCUGCCAGUCUUCUUGAGGACAUGGAAAAUAAAUCCAAGGGCUCACAGUUAGAAGCUUUUCUUUCACUCGCAAGAUACGCAGACUCCCAGUACCAAAACACCGUGGAUUACAUGAAGUCCAACGAGUUCGAGAACAGACAAGAGAGCCUCAGGAAGUCAAAGGCCGAGUGUGAAUAUCUUCAGAAGUUCAACACAUCAGAAGGCGACAGAUAUUUCCGUCGACUCGAGGUGGAGAGUAAAAUCGACGAAGACGAGUUGAGGUUGAUGAAUGAGAACAAGAUGACGUUCUUGUGCAAGGCUUUGGAGAAUUAUGUCAAGACUUUGCAGGCUGGGGAUAAAUAUGAUCUACGUGUGUUCAGACUGUGUUCAUUGUGGUUCGAUAAUGCUAACGAGGAUUUUGUCAAUACUAUCAUCAAGGAAAGUCUGGCCAGGAUUCAGACCAGGAAGUUCCUUCCCUUGAUGUACCAACUUGCUGCUCGCUUGGGAACAAAAUCCUACAAGAACGAUGACUUCCAGAAAACAUUAAACGAGUUGAUUGAGCGUGUAUCAGUGGAUCAUCCACACCACACCAUGUUCAUUCUGAUGGCCCUGGCUAACGCUGAUCGUGACCGUGAGUACGUUACAGCAGGCAAGAAGACUGGUAAAGAUUUAAGGUUAUCAAGAAACGCAGCUAAGAAAACCAAGGGGUUUGUUGAUGAGGCUCGCCUAGAAGCUGCCACCAGUCUGAUACAAAACAUAUCGCUACAUCGUGGGGAAUUGGUCGAAAUGACUAAACAUGGGUAAAGAUGACCUGCGACAAGAUGCUGUGAUGGAACAAGUCUUCGGGAUGGUAAACCAGCUUCUUGCUAAAAACGCAGAGACCAGAAAACGGAAACUAAAAAUCAGAACGUACAAGGUUCUUCUUUACGACCCUCUUUACUCAUGGUCCCUGAGCCCGGAGAAGAAAAUGGCCCUUCAAGCAAUGAACGAGCAAGACACCUCGGACGUUAUGACCACAGGGAUCCCAACAGGGAGUUUMCUUGAGACGAGUAAUGACGGUUGCACUUCAGACACAGGAAACAAGAUGGCUGAAAGAGCUUUGUUAAGGCUGAGGCAGAAACUGAAUGGYAUAGARGAAAAUGUACAGCUGAGUGUCUGUGGUCARGUCAGCCAUUUGAUUCGAGAAGCCAUGGAUCCUAACAAUCUUUGCAGAUUAUUUYCAGGAUGGCAGCCUUGGCUGUGAUUAAAACACUUUAGAAACCCUUGAGGAAAAAAA